CUCCUUGCCCUCCUUACUGGCUGCUCACCUCCGCUCACUUGACUUCAACCUUUCUCGACUUCACCGUUGCCCACGAUGGACCGACUGGAAUCUUUGGGGAACACGCUCUCCCAGAUUACGAUGUACGAUAUCAAGACCAUGUAUAAUCAGGCCAAAAAUGUCGUGUUAAACGUCAGCGAAAUAGAGGCGAAGGUCAGAGAAGCUACCAAUGAUGAUCCUUGGGGUGCAAGUUCUACGCUGAUGCAAGAUAUUGCCAACAGAACCUUCAACUAUCCAGAUUUCAACGAAAUAAUGCCUAGUAUAUACUCGAAGUAUAUGGAAAAGGAGGCCAGGCAAUGGAGGCAGAUUUACAAGGCUCUUCAACUCUUAGAAUACCUUAUUAAACAUGGCUCAGAGCGUGUCGUGGAUGAUGCACGGGCCCAUAUUUCUACGAUUAAAAUGCUAAGGAACUUCCACUACAUUGAUGACAAGGGCAAGGAUGAAGGUAUCAAUGUGCGGAAUCGUUCGAAAGAGAUCGUAGAGCUUCUUUCCGACGUGGAAAAGAUCAGGGCGGAACGUCGAAAAGCGAAGGCGAACAAACACAAAUACAUCGGUACAGGGAAUGACGGACUUAGCUUCUCUAGUGGAGGUAGUCGAUAUGGCGGAUUUGGUAGCGACUCGCUGGGAGGCGGUAGUUACAGCGGUAGCGCGAGUUUUAGUAAUGACUAUAAUGGCUCAUACAGUGGCUCCAGCGGUUCUGGAUUUAGGGACGACUCCCGCCGUGGAUACGAAGAGUACAAUGCAGGUGACGACGAGACCGUAACCACUUCCCCGAACCGGUCCAGCAGUAUGGGAUCUACGCGUGCCCCUACUCGAAAGCCAACUGCACCUCUUCCCGCCUCUGAGCCAGUCGCAGAAGUAGACCUUCUUGGCGGCUUAGAUGAUGAUGCCUUUGCCUCGGCCCCUGCAUCACAAGCAAAGACGACUAGUACAUUUGCCACGGAUAAGGCGUUACCAGCUGUCUCUCAACCUAAUGUUAGCAUAGAUGACGACGAAUUUGCGGAUUUCCAGGCGGCUCCUUCGACGCCGGCUUCCACCGUAGCAACCUCUCCAACAGUCGCUCCCAUGAAUGCCAAGCUCAAUCUCAUGGAAAUGCUUAAUUCUUCUCCCACAAGUUCUGCGCAAGCUGCACGUUCGACCAGCACAAACUUCAUGCCAACUUCGGUGCAGCCACAACCAAUAGGGAUGGGGAUAGGCUCAAGUUUCAAUAUGGGCAUGAGCGGAAGUGGACACAAACCUUCUCCGUCACUGUCUACUUCGGUGUCUCCUCCGUUGCAGCCUCAGCAACCAAAGACUAACCUUUUCGGAGGGUCAACUGUCAUGAGCCCCACGACAGCCGCCUCGUCUUUCUCUGCAGUCCCGAUGCGACCCACUCCUCCGUCCAUGUCGUCCACAACAUCUGUCUCGUCGACAACACCAAAGCCUGCCCCAAGUGCUAAUUUUGACGACUUGUGGUCGAUGACCUUGGGUGGCGGCUUGGGAGCGAAACCAGCCACGCCUGUAGCUGCAGGCGGUGGGAAAUCGAUGAAGGAUCUUGAGAAGGAGAAGGCUAGUGCCGGCUUGUGGGGCGGAGCUACGUCUAAGCCACCAAUGGGCACUCAAUCUUUUGGGUCCUUCGGCUCCGCUACGACUCCGGCCAACAAUGCGUCCACUAGUGGUGCGGAUGAUUUGCUACUGUGAUCUCUUUGUUUAUUGGGAUUUUCUACUCUCUUCUUAAAACUGCCUUGGUGGAUAAUUAUGGAGAUCUUUGAAGACAUUAUUCAAUCGCAAUAGAUUCUGUCGGACAUCGUCAAGUUCCCGGGACAAGCGCAUGUUCUCUCAAUAUACCUCCAUCCAUUUCCGUGCAUCCGAGGAACGAGAUCCCUCCAUGUAAUUGCAUGACGGUAAGAUUGUGUCAAGCCGGGGAUCCGAACUAGUACGGCCGGAGCAUGAGGUUGGGUGUUAUUCCGUGAUUUCUCCGACAUGCUCGUCCAGAAAGUCUAAGUAUUCCACA